CUCGCCCGCCCCCCGCGUCCCGUGCAUGCGAGCGGAGCCCGCGGGCGCAACUUUCCGCGCGGCUUCUGCAGCAGGGAGACGGCGGCGGCAGCAACCUCUGCACCUUGCCCUCGGGGAUUAUAGCAAGGGCGGCCCUGCCCACGCCGGCUCCCUGGGUCGGGAGCCGAGCUCCGCGCUGGGACCUGGGGUCGUCUGUGGAGUGGGCGCUGGACCGGGGCGGGGGGAGGCAUGAUCUGAUCUGAUCUGAUCCGGAGCCCGGGCGCCGCUUUGGGUCCGUUCCGCCGGCUGCCUCCACCUCUCGCUGUGGCAGCAGACGGGGUCCUAUGGAGCGCCAGGUGUGAGAGAGGCGUUAGAAGAGUGUGCUGGACAAGACGCAGUCGCGAACAGUCUGACCUGUUUGACCUCCCCAGUCAAUUAGAAAGGGUGGACACUUGUGAGUGGAGGUCGAGGUGUGAGUGUCCGUGACCGGUGGAAUGGAGGCCUGAUGUAAAUGCAGACAUGGAUGACGAGGAAGCGCUUAACUCUAUUAUGAAGGAUCUGGCAGCACUGGGCAAAUGCGGGGGACUGCUGGACAGCAACAGGAACAAAACCACCGUUUACUCUAACAAACAGCAGCGGAAUGCCAGGAUCAAGUUUGAAUAUGAUGGAGAGAAAAGGAUUCUCCAGUUUCCAAGACCAGUCAAAUUCAAAGAAGUGCUACAGAAAGUCAUGGAUGCUUUUGGACAGAUGAUGGAUUUGCACUAUGCAAACAAUGAGCUCCUGAUCCCACUGAAAUCCCAGGAAGACUUGGACCGAGCGGUGGAGCACUUGGACCUUAGCCCUUCUCUGAAGAGUCUGAGGGUGUUUGUGAAGGCUCCAAGGAAAGCAAACUUCCUCCAGCCCAACAACAGUAAGCAGCAUGAGAUGAGAAUAUCCAAGUCCACGGGCGACAUCAUGGGGUCCCUGUAUAAAGACGCUGAGAGGACGCGGAAGUAUUCAACAGGUUCCCUGCACACGGGCCGGAGUUCUCCACCCCCGGGGAGCGUUCCUGAAGAACAGCAGCAGAUCGCUCGGCAGGGCUCCUACACCAGUAUUAACAGUGAAGGGGAGUUCAUCCCUGAGAUUAUGGACCAGAAUAUGCUUGAACCUUUCAUCAGUCCUGAUGAGUCACUCUCUGGGAGCUGCCAGUCCCUGGACAGAUCUAUAGACAGCCCGCCCUUUACCCAAACCCCUGUUCCCAGAAGGAAGAGCCAACCCAAAGACAGUCUUGAUUGCCUGGAUUUCGAUAUCCCGUUUUGUGAGCGAUUCGGGAAAGGUGGGACCUUCCCCAGACAAUAUCACCUUUCCCAGAGCCGCAAGGACUAUAGCGACGGCCGAAGGACUUUCCCAAGGAGUUACGUCCCUCAGGAGAAUCGGUUUCAGCUUGUCCCUUCCAGCAGAACAAAGAGCUUCAAUGGGGACAGCAAGCUCCUCACCUUACAGUACGAGGCGCACAGGACCAAAUGGUGGAUCGACUGUGACAAGGGACUGCAGGUUUUCAGCACGUCCCCCAGCAAGUCCAGGAACUCCCUGCAGGCGCCAGUGAACUGGAGGUUGGGGAAGCUCCUCGGCAGAGGGGCCUUCGGAGAGGUUUAUCUCUGCUACGACGCAGACACUGGCAGGGAGCUGUCAGUGAAGCAGGUGCCCUUUGACCCAGACAGUCAAGAGACCAGCAAGGAGGUAAAUGCCUUAGAAUGUGAGAUCCAGCUAUUGAAGACCCUUCGCCAUGACAGGAUAGUCCAGUAUUAUGGUUGCUUGCGGGACCCGGAAGAGAGGAAGUUGUCUAUCUUUGUGGAAUACAUGCCAGGGGGUUCCAUAAAGGACCAAUUGAAAGCAUAUGGUGCUCUGACGGAGAACGUCACCCGGAAGUACACCAGGCAGAUUCUGCAGGGAGUCUUCUACUUACACAGCAAUAUGAUUGUCCACAGGGAUAUUAAAGGUGCCAACAUUUUGCGAGAUUCUGCUGGAAAUGUGAAACUAGGAGAUUUUGGUGCCAGCAAACGCAUCCAGACCAUUUGCAUGUCUGGAACGGGAAUUAAAUCGGUCACCGGAACGCCGUACUGGAUGAGCCCAGAGGUGAUCAGUGGAGAAGGCUAUGGAAGGAAAGCUGACGUGUGGAGCGUGGGCUGCACUGUGGUGGAGAUGUUAACAGAAAAGCCACCCUGGGCAGAAUUUGAAGCCAUGGCGGCCAUUUUCAAAAUCGCCACCCAGCCGACCAAGCCCCAGCUCCCAGACGGCGUCUCGGACUCCUGCCGCAAUUUCCUCAAGCAGAUCUUUGUGGAAGAGAAGCGGAGGCCCACAGCAGAGGACCUACUGAGACAUUCAUUCAUGAACUGCAGCCUCUAGUCCCUUGCGGUGGGUUAGGGGAAAGGCAGGUGGAAGAUAAAAGGAAAUGGGGGGUGGGGGGUUUAAAAAACAGACCCACAGACCUUUGCACUCUGAAAUGCAGACCUCAGCCUGGGUUGGGAUCCUUCACUCCUCAUUGCAAGCUAGGGGGCCAGUGUCGGUUUUCCUUUGUAAGCUGCACUUACGACCAUCUAACUGUGGAGACGGGUGGCUGUCGCCACGUUUGGGGCUGGAGGGAGUUCGGAAUUGGGGAUCAUCCUUGGAACACAUCAGCAUCGAUGCUAGUGGCAAACUCGCCCGCCCCGUUAUUGAGUGGAUGUCUGGUAGCGGAGGAGCUGGGAAUAGUAACUCACUCGCCUCAGAGGAAUUAUGUGAACAAACUCUGGUGCUCCCUGCUGGCCGUGAAAGCAGCACUGGCAACAUCCCACAAGGAAGCCCGUCUCUUCAGCAGAGGAGCAGCAGUGUCUCCGUUUACAGCUUCACAGACACAGAGAGGGAUUCAGGCGUGAAGCAAAGGGAAACAAACCCAGGACCAAAGAAUGAUCGGCAUAGGUGUGUCGUUCAUGUCAAAGGGGGAAAACAAUCCUGUUGUGGGGGUGGAGAUGAGAGGCAAAGUCCAUAGCAACAUCUCCAGCUCUUCAGAGGGGAGGAUUCAGAUUUUGUGCCUUAGGUGGUUACAGUCGAGUGUGAGCCUCAUUCAGCACAAGGUAUCCAGUUAAGGACGUGACUACAAUGCAGCCAUGCUGAGUUGGUGUUCUUGUACCUGUAAAAUAGUGUAAGUGCAAGGCAUUCUUCUUCUCUGGAUACAAUAAGGUCCCUGUAGGUUAUUCACCGCUGAAGCUGGCCACAGGACCUCUGUGUGUUCAUUCAUUGUUCAGCGGAUAAGUGUGUCUAUAUGAUGCUGAUGUCAAUGGCACCCUCAGCUUAGCAAAAGCUCGUUCUUCAGCACCUGAUCCUGUUCCCACUGAAACAGUCGCUGCUUGCCCAACCCCUGCCUCCCCCCAAACUGAUCAAGUUGACAAGAGCAAACAAGACAAAUGCCCAUUUUUGUCAGUCAGGAUGGCAGGGACAGGGCUUAAAAAGGGGUCUGUCCUGGCCAAAACAGGACAUACGGUCACCCUAUCACUCCUUGCCCCAUAAGGGAAGUGAGCUGUGCCAGCCCUUCUCCUGGCACAGUUGCCUUCCCCCUCCAUGUUGGCUCAGCAGUGUUUAGGGAGUGGAGCCCAGACUCUGCCCACCUGUGUGGGAGGGGGAGGAGCAGCCCCUCAGCAACACACACACACCCUACAUCCACUGAUUUUAAUGGGAACAGAACAGGUGAGGGUGUAAGUAACUGUUUUCUCAUAUCCCUAGCUGUGCCAACCUGUGACCAGGUCCAAUGUGCUGCUAACAAAGGGUCCAGCCUGCAGAGCGCCGAGUGCCUUCAGCUCUGUCCCUUGUAGGAUCAGGCCCUAGAGCAUCAAGUGUAGAAAAGCCAUGCGGGAGGUGGAAUUCACCCCAGCGCACAGGACUAGCACGAGGGCUGAGCGCCUCAAGGCCUCAAAAGGGAACAUUUGUGGGACUUCAGUGAUAAAUAGACUCUGUGCAGGUGCUGUGUGCAGGGGCAUAUUUCAUCCUGAGGCCAAGUCUAGACUACAGACCUAUACUGCUAUAACUACAUCGUACAGGGGUGUGAAAAGUCCAUACCCCUGAGCGAUGUAGGUAUACUGACCUACCCCACCCCCAUGUACACAGCGGUAGGUUGAUGGGAGAGCUUCUCCCACUAACAUAGCUACAAGGUGGAUUAACUACGCCAAUGGGAGAAGCUCUCCAGUAGUGUCUUCACUAAAGCGCUACAGUGGUGUAGCUGCUUUGGGUUUUAUAGAAAUGUAAUGGGGAUCCGUACGAAGGACUCUGAAUGCUCCUAGAGCCUGAUUCUUAUCAGGAACAAACUCCAGAGAAGUCAAUGAAGUUACACCGGAGUGACACCGGUGUGAGAGCAGAAUCCUGCCCAUAGAACUGAACAGAGAAUAUCAUUCUGGAGGCUUCUGCAGGAGAAAUAUAGGCCCUGAUUCUACACCACAGAAGUCAAGGAGAGUUGUGCUGUUAACUUUAAUGGGCAUGGGAUCAAGCCCAUAGUUCUCUAUUAAAUUCUAUCAGAUGGCUCAAAAAGCCUUUAUUAUUAUUA